UAUACGAACCAAACAUGCCAUUAACUUCUUCCCUUUGUUCUCCAAUUUCGUGUUCUAAACCAUUUUCAAGAAUCGGAAUAAUCAAAUCAAACAGAAACACGAGAGUCUGUACGAAAACGUUAGCGAUGAGGAGGAGAGAGGCCAGCAACCAUAACUAUAACGACCGGGUCGUGGACGAGAACAUGAUCGUUCUGCGCAAGAGAAUCCACGAGAUGGAGAUGAUGGAGAGGAAUUACGAGCCGCCUAUGGAAUGGAUGGGUUGGGAGAAACGAGUUUACCCGAACUAUGAUUCGAUGAUAUGUGAUGCAAUGAUGUGGUUGCAAUGGCAUUUGAUGGAGACAAGGCCGAGCCUGGCCUUGGGCAUGAUUGCACUAGUUGCGUUGAGUGUGCCAACUUCAACUGCUGUGGUGUUGAUCAACUUUUUGGAGUUAAUCAAAGGCUUGUUGCAUGGGAUUCAUCUUAGCUAGGUUAAAUUAAGAUUAUAUAUAUAUAUAUAUAUUAUUUUGCAAUUGUCUCUUUUCUUUUCUUUUUAUUUUGUUUUCUUUAUAUUUAGAAGGUUGAAUGUUGUUCUGGAGGUACACGGAUUGCAUUAAUGGGGGAUGCGAUGUUUGAUAGAUUGCAAUUACAAAUAAGUUGAUAAAAGCUUAAAAAUUACGAUUACGUGGUUACCGAAUUUGCAAAACGUUAGUAA